UGUAUAGGUUGCGAAAAGAAGUAACAAAUGUUGAUAACUAUUUAAAAUAAAUAUAUGACAUGUACUUCUAUAUACUACAUACUAUAUAUACUAUAAUUUCACUUUGUUGUUACCUUACAAGCUCUGAAACAUGCUACGAAGCUGUAAGUCUCACCGGAUGUUGAGGUUGUGUUAUUGCUAGCUUGACUUCGCUCAAAGAACAGAAACAAAACAAAUUCUGUGUCUUGUGAAAAUUUGGCCGAAAUUGUGAACGAAAUGGGGCGAUAUAAAUGUGCCUACAACUGUGAAAGCUCCAGCGAAUCGGAUGUAAAGUUUUUCAAGUUUCCGCUGUACAACCAGCGAAAACUCAGGAAAUGGCUCGUCAACAUGAAGUGGAAGGACUGGACGCCGACUCGCUUCUCUGUGCUGUGCAGCAAUCAUUUUGAGGAACAGUACAUUGACCGAACGGGCAAAUCCGUAACGCUUAAAGAAGAUGCUGUUCCCACCAUAUUUUCAUCCCCCGACAAGACGCAGAAAAGGAAGGCUUCCAUCACUCCAAAGAGUAAGAGAUAUAAGUCAGCUGGUGCUAAAGCCUCACAGACGAAUCCAGCUCAGUCUCCAACGACGGCUCCUGCAAGAGCGAAGCGCAGCGUCUCGAACAAAGAGCCCAGCCAGACAGAGGAAGAGCCUCCAGGAGACAAAGAUCCAAAAAAGACUGAUAAGUGGAGGAUUAUAGUAGAUGAAGGGCUGAUGAAGAUUGAGUCAUUUCCACAUUUCUUCCAUGGAGAUUACUGUGUACCUCUGGAUAUUCAGUGGGCUCCAGAUGGUGAUGAUAAUAAUGAUAAUACAGACUGUCAAGAUCCUGAUAACGUGAUAGAAGUGAAAGAGCCGUGGCAGUGGCUCGGUCUGGAUGUCAGGGGACCUUUGCCGCAAACACAGAACGGACACAAAUACAUUUUGACUGUGACAGACUACUACUCCAAGUGGGUGGAAGCUGUGCCUAUGCAGAUGUGCCUCCCUUCUCAUGUAGCGAAGCACGUCGCGGACAUCAUCGCCCACUUUGGUUACCCGUUCAGAAUCCUCUCCAGACUGCCUCAUGACAUAGUCCACAAAAUCAACAGAGAAUUGAAAGACCAGCUGAAGGUCACCGUCGCUCUCGUGGUCUAUCAUCAGCAGACCGGGACUGCAGAUUUAAUCACACAGCAGCUGAUUGACAGGAUGGUGAGUGAUCUGAUAGAGGAACAUGCAGCCGACUGGGACGUCUACCUUCCCGCCAAGGUUUUCAGUCUGUGCUUCAAAGAACAUUCAAAGACUAAGGAGAGGCCUUUUUCAAUGCUUUGCUGUAGAGGACUGGAGCCCGUACAGUCUCCCAGGGGUCUGAAUUUUGCCUACUCCAAGAUCCAAGAGAGUGCUUUCGUGGUUAGAUAGAUAUUUAAGGUGCAUUUUGAGUGAAUUGAAGUGGAAACCAGACGUGGUUACAUUAUCAAACUGGGGACGAAGGAUACUUCUUAAUUCUGGAGGCGCUCUGACUCAGUUAUGGAUUGUAAUGGAAAAGCUGGACUAAAUGGGAACCCUGCUAGUUUGAACAAGAUGAAGACUUUGUUGACUGGACAGUUAUUACAGAUACAACUGCAAACGUCUACAGCAUCCUCCGCAGGACUAAUUGACAUUUUCAACCUGUUCAUUCCAAAGGAUGUCGGCUUUUACCCGUUUUUCUGUUCAUCAACUCAGUGCAAGACAAUUAUCAGUCUUGUGUCAUGUUUUUGGAUGUAAUAUCUUAUUUCAGGAAUUGAAAUUGUACUUCAGUUAAUUGAGGAGAAUCUCAAAAACAUCAUUAUGACUGAGCAGGAUGCAGAAUGCUGGAGCAGGAGCUCAGUCGAUGAUUUCUUUAAUAGUCAUGACCAAAAGUUUUCAAAGCUUAUGUCAUUUGGGUUUGAGCAAUAUGAGUCUGAUAGAUCAGGAGUUUUGGGUUUGUGUUUGCAGAGCUUUACUCUCCAGACAGUUGAGGCAUUUGAUCUGGCAAAUUUAAGUCUGUUGUUCCUCAUUGUUUGUUGCCAUUUUUGUCUAUAAAAUGUAAAACAUGAACAAGAAUAGCUGUGAUUAUUAAUGCAAUAUGCAAACUGAGACAACAAAAAUACUCCUGUGUAUCAACGUGUACUCAAAAUAGGAGUGACGUGUCAGUAUAUAGUUCAUAAUUAGAGCACCAUGACUUGAUUUCAACUUUAAAGAUUCAGUUUAUGCUGUGUCAGACUUGACACAGGAAAAUUCAAGUGGUGCAAAGACAGGUUACUUCCUCUUUUCUUUACAGAUUACAGUGUUAAGGUAAAAAAAAAAAAAAUACUACACACGCAAGUGUUUUG